AAAGUGUUAGCAGAAAAGAAAUUGACCAAGCUCAUUUGUACGUCUUAAACAACACUGUUGAUGUGAUUCCUUACAUUUCUGACCACGUUAAUGAAGUAAAGGCAGCAAACCCAAAAAUGAGUGAAAAAUGGCAUCUUAAUGAACAUGUGAAAACCUUCUUGGGAUGGUUUAAGAAAAAGGUGUAUGGGACUCCACAUGUUUCUGAAACUUUAUUGAGGUUAUCUCGUGGACCGAACACAGAGGUCAUUACAUAUGGUGGGUACUAUAUAAACAAUAUUUCUUUUCAGACAAAGGUAGAAGAUGACAAAAGCAGAGUUCAAAAUAGUGGCGUCACACUACAAGCUGAGUCUGUGCACUUUGCUAGUUCUAAAGACAAAAAUCCAAUCACAGCAUCCAUCAGUUAUUUUGGAAUAAUACAAGAAAUAUGGGAAGUUGAUUACGUUACUUUUAGAGUACCAGUUUUCAAGUGUAAAUGGGUUGAUAUAAAUUCUGGUGUCAUGAUGGAUGACCUUGGUUUCACAUUGGUAGACUUGAACAAGAUGAAUUACACUGAUGAACCAUUUAUCAUGGCUAGUCAAGCAAGACAAAUAUUCUACAUAAGUGAUCCAUCGAAUAACAAAUGGUCAGUGGUUUUAGAAGGUAGAAACAUGCAUGGACAUGAUGAUGACGAUUCUCUUGAUAUACUUGAGACAACAUCUGUUGCAUGUAGACCCACUGAAGACCCAGUUGAUGACGUUGCCGAUGUAAUGCAAGCAAUUCGUAGUGAUCACAACGAAGGCAUUUGGGAAAAAACAAUUAAUUAAUAGGUAUGUCGGCCUCAGACUCAGGAUCGGGAAAGAGCAGACGUGGACGAGGCGUCACCCGAGUGGCAGAUGUGACAUCCGGACGCGUGGAUGGUCAGAGGAGGCAUGUUGACAUUGACCCCAGAUCAGGUCAUCCAUCAGGGCCAAAUGCUGAUAGGUUUAGGAGUUAUCUGGGCAAGUUAGCAAAAAGUCAUGUCUCUAUCCUUCAUGCAUGUUGGGAUGACGUCCCAGAGGUCGACAAGAACC